CAUACUCCAUAGUAGUGUUUAAGUAACAGCUGACUAUGACAGAUGUUUUGUUAUUAUCAAUAAUAAAGUGUUGACACAAAUAAUUAAUUUAAAUAUAAAUAUCUAUUACAAUAAUUAAUAACUUCUGCAAUAAUGGAUGAUAUAAGUGAUAAAUUUUCAUAUGUUUAUAGUUCAUCUUUAGAUACAAGAAUACAAAUAAAAAUAGGAACAUUAGAAGGAGUGAGACAACGUCCAGAAUAUGACAAAUUAUUAUUAGAUCCGAUGAUUAAAUUCUCCGGGCUGUAUGGUGCUGGUGGUGGAAAAGGUGACUUAGCAGCAUCAUUACAAAUUUGGGGUGGCGGUCGUCCACUUGCAUUACCAGUACAUACUGCAUAUAAACAUUUUCCCGUACGCUGGAACUGGAAUCAAUGGAUAACUUUACCAAUAUCAUACUCGGAUUUACCACGAGACGCACAAUUAGCAAUAACGAUAUACGAUUGCGCUGGACCAGGUCGUCAGAUAGCCGUAGGUGGUACCACGAUAUCACUGUUCGGUAAACACGGAGUAUUUCGUCAGGGAAUGCUGGAUUUGCGUGUUUGGCCGAAUGUAGAAGCAGAUGGAUCACUACCAACGACAACUCAGGGCAAAGCCCGCGACGCUGGUAAAGAGCAAAUGCAGCGUCUCGCUAAAUUGGCUAAGAAACGUCGGAAUGGACAGAUGCCACGUGUUGAUUGGCUCGAUCGAUUGGCCUUUCGUGAAAUAGAAGUUAUUAAUGAACGUGAGAAACGUGAAUCAAAUUAUUUGUAUCUGACAGUUGAGUUUCCUGAAGUUACCAUGGACGGAUUCCUAUAUUCGAUUGUUUACUAUGAAAAAGAUGGGGACGAAGUUGUUCAGCAUCGCGCCCAACCAGAUGUCGUAACGAUACCGGAUUAUGAAAUUUUAGCUGAAAAUUUAGUUGAAGCUAAACAUCAUAAAUUAGCACGUAGUUUACGCAGUGGCGGUAAUACAAGAGAAGUUAAACCAACUUCCAGUGUACGUGAUGCGUUGAAUACUAUUUUAGGAUACCCGCCAACAACGGCAUUGACCACUGAAGAACAAGAUUUAAUUUGGAAGUUCCGAUAUUAUUUAUCAACCCAAAAAAAAGCGUUGACUAAAUUUGUAAAAUGUGUAAAUUGGAAAGUAGCAGGGGAAGAACGUCAGGCGUUGGAGAUGUUAGCCAGCUGGAGUCCUCCAGAUCCAGAAGACGCAUUGGAAUUACUCGGUCCAGCUUUCACUCAUCCGGCUGUCAGAAGAUAUGCGAUCGCGAGACUAAAUCAAGCGAAUGAUGAUGAUCUGAUGCUCUAUUUGCUCCAAUUAGUCCAGGCAUUGAAAUAUGAAAAUUUUGAAAGCAUUAAAGCGGCAAAUUUAAAAAUUGUACGAGAGAGUGAAAAAAUAGAGAGAAUGGAUAAGACUGAGCAGUCGAAUACUUCAAUGUCUACGUCAAGUGAAUCAGAAACCAACCAAUCAUCAAGUCAAGAGUCACCGAUGGAUUUGGCAUCAUUUUUGAUAACACGCGCGUGUCAGAACUCAACACUAGCCAACUAUCUGUACUGGUAUCUAGCAAUUGAAUGUGAAGAUCAACCAGAUCCAGCGAUAACAGUAAAACAAGACACACGCGUACGUGAAAUGUACGUGACGGUUAUGAAAAUGUUCUCAAUGGCCCUGACUCAGGGUAAUGUAAUCUGGCAAAAACGUAAAGCCUUCUUAGCUCGUCAAAAAUUAUUUAUCGAUCAAUUGGUGGCUCUUGUAAAAGCUGUCGCUCGUGAAAGUGGAAACAGAAAACGUAAAACUGAUCGUUUAAAAGCUUUAUUGUCUGAGCAGGAUCAAAAUUUUAAAAUUAAUUUUUCAAACUUUGAACCAAUACCAUUUCCACUUGAUCCUGAGAUAUCUAUCAAAGGAAUUAUUCCCGAUAAAGCAAGUCUUUUCAAAUCAGCACUAAUGCCAUCGAAAUUAACAUUUCUCACAACAAAUAAUACUGAAUACAUUGCAAUAUUUAAAUAUGGAGAUGAUCUUAGACAAGAUCAAUUAAUAUUGCAAACAAUUGCACUGAUGGAUAAAUUAUUGAGACGAGAAAAUCUUGAUUUAAAAUUAACUCCGUAUCGGGUUUUGGCAACGAGUACAAGACAUGGUUUCUUACAAUUCAUCGAAUCUAUAACAGUAGCCGAGGUAUUGGCCAGUGAAGGAUCGAUUUUAAGUUUUUUCCGCAAGCAUCAUCCAUCCGAAACUGGACCGUACGGAAUCGCGCCAGAAGUUAUGGAUACUUAUGUACGUAGUUGUGCUGGUUACUGUAUAAUCACAUACGUAUUAGGCGUCGGCGAUCGUCACUUAGAUAAUUUAUUACUUACUACGUCAGGUAAAUUAUUUCAUAUCGACUUUGGUUACAUUUUGGGACGUGACCCAAAGCCGCUGCCACCGCCAAUGAAAUUAAGCAAAGAAAUGGUCGAGGCAAUGGGCGGCGUUGGCUCAGAACAUUACCAUGAAUUUCGGAAGCAAUGUUACACUGCGUUCCUGCACUUGCGUCGUCAUGCAAACUUAAUACUCAACUUAUUCUCACUUAUGGUUGACGCGAGUGUUCCUGACAUUGCCCUAGAGCCCGACAAAGCCGUAAAAAAAGUCCAAGAUAAAUUGCGCUUGGAUUUGAGCGACGAGGAAGCUGUUCAUUACGUACAAAAUCUUCUAGAUCUAUCUGUCACCGCCGUAAUGGCAGCUCUAGUUGAACAAUUGCAUAAAUUCGCUCAAUAUUGGCGUAAAUAAUUUGUUAUUUUUUUUUUUUAACAUUAUUGUGGUUGUAUUUUAUUUAUAAUUAUAUAUAAGAUGUAAAGUUAUAUAUUAUUUU